CAGCGUACACACAUGGCGAUUUGAUUUGAUAUGUUGAACAGAGUGCCCUUUGCACUAUUUCUACUCUCAGCAGCAAAUCCCAUCCUCAAGCAACCCUCUUUCUGGGAGCAUGGAUAGUGGCUGUAGACCGAGCGGCCAACGAAGUGGUGGGCAAAAAAGUUGUCAUUUCUGGUUGAAAUCAAUCCACUUUCCUCUUCAGCCGAACCCCUAUUAUUUGGUUACUUUUUAAUACCCGUUCUUCAUCUUUUACAACCUUACUACACCAGUUCGUGCAAACUCUAAUGUAUCAGCAGCCACCGAUGAGCCAGAACAACUACGGCGGGCCGCAGCCGUCGCAUGGCCCGCAGGGAAUGCCACCACCAUCAGUCACUGGAACCAUGUCGCAAGCCGGCGGCUACACUGGCACCCAGUAUCAGUCCUACCCACAGCAGUCUUACCCGCCGAUGUCCCAGGCGCCCAUGCAGCAGCCAUACACCACCCAGCCGCAAGCCCCGCCACCCAUGGCGCCGCAGCAGUCUGCAGGAAACGGCAUACCGGACCCCUCCAUGAUGUCAGCAAACUACCCGCCGCAGACCGCCUUCUCCGCACAGAGCUCGCAGGCUGAGGGACCGCGGCCGCCACCAGCCGGGCGCACGUCGCGGCCUGUGAGCCAGUACCAGCCGCCAAACAUGAACUCGAGCCGCCACUCGGCUCCGUCGCAGUCGAACCGGAGACGGUCGCACUACGGCCAGCUGGUGCCACAUGAGCCUGACAAGAGCUCGGCCUGCAGCGGCGCGGCGUGCUCGGCGUGCUGGAAGUACAACCUCAUGGGCUGCUGUGCGUGCUGCAACGGCUGGCUGCGUCUGUGCGGCGGCGGGUUCAAGAUCAGCGACGUCAAUCCGUUCUCCUCGUCCAAGUAAAAUUUUCUGACGGCUCGCUGAUUAUCAAACCUGAUGUCAAAGACGCGCCAUGGCGUUUUGUAACUUAUCUCUCUU